AAAAACGACGGUCGUUUGAAAAUUCAAGGCACUUUCGGAACCAUGGACAAUGGUAGAAUCGCAUCGUAUCGUUGGUGUUGUCGCGCCACGUAAUUGCGACAGGGUGGGGACGCGUGUGCGACGCUUUGCAUUUAUAGGUUAACUUUUCGCACACGGGCGAUCAGUGCCGCUUCAACGAGGGCUCCGUGUUCUCCUGAGGAGUUCUUUUGUCCGUCGAGUGCUUAAAUCCCCGUCAAGGGGAACGUGCGAUCCUCGAGUGUACGUGUUCUUCGGAUUCGCCCUGAAAUCGAACACGCGGCGAAUAUUCGCGACGUACAGUGAACAUUUCACACAUUCGCAACCGUCAACAACUCCGUGGAUGUAUUGACACCUUGUGUGCUCCCUCUGUUGAAUCGACUGUCGUCCUUGCUGCACGAAAAUUUACUAGGACAACGAUGACAAAAGAAAGGACGCCGCGUGCGUAGAGAAAACAAAGUAACUUUGUUCGAGGAGGUUCGGGGAAAAGCGUUAUACCACGGGUGUUCGCGUAUAAAUAGAAUCACCGUAGCGCGCAGUGAUACGCAGCAACCUAUACGCACUUGUACGGCCAGCCAGUAGACUCAUUGUCAGCGAAGUUGUCAUGACAAUUCGCGCAUCCAGUAUUGUUUCACGAGGUGUGCAGUGUCGCGUCGUUCGCGUGCAUCCGACGUUUCGUGCAUGCACCUCGUCGAAUAGCUUGGAACGCGUCGCCGCGCCUAUGUGCAUCGUGACCAGUGGCGGAUCUAGGCUGACAGGGGCCUGGAGUUCAUUGCUGUGACGAGCCUUUUAUUUACGAGAGGCACAUUUUAUUACGAAAGCAUAUAUUUAGUGGAUUAUUCUUUGUGGGAGACGUUCAAGAAAUUUGGACGUGUAAAGUUUGUCAGAAGGGUGGAACACCUGUAAUCGUCAAUUUUCAGAGUUGUACAGGCAGUACCGGAUAGAAAAGCGUAUACGCAGUCGUUCAUUCUACGGUAUCGGCAAAUAGUUGAAUUAAAAUUAGGUUCUCUCGCUCCUCGAAGCUGAAUAUUCACGGUCCGCUCCUGAUCGUGACCGGUGGUGUCGCGGCACGAGGAACAACAUAACGUUUUAGUCCGUUCCGUCGUAAACUCGUACUGUCCAGCGUGUUUUUGCGUUGGGUGACGUUGGGUCCACUCGGGCCGCGCAGGUCGACACGCGAUGCCAGUACGAUAGAGGCUGACACAGAAGGCGCGAGUGCGAGUCAUGGCAGCAGACUUCGACGAUUGAUAAACUGCUCUACUCCUGGGGCAGGGGCAGUUUGAAAACGCGCUGAAACGACGGGGCAGCGUGGCAAACCUUGCGGAAUAAAGUGACGAGAAGAGGAACGUGGAGCGCGCAGCUGCGCGCACUUCUACGAAAAUAGAACUCUGCACGGUUGUGUGCGGGGGCCAACGACGGAAGGAGCGCCAAGUGUGACAUUAAGGCGAUUGUAGAAUGUCGCGCGUGUCGCUCAACAAGUCGCAGUACAGCCAGUACGGCUCGCGUCGCGUGCGGAAGAUCAGCACGACGGAAAGCGAGUAUUCUGUAGAAGAACAUGCAAGAUUAACUAGCGCCGAUGGGGCAGGAGAUGAGGCAUCUCCAGAUGAUGAGGGGGGCUCAUUGUGCGAAUACCAUGACAUACCACCUCCACCAGAUGGUGGUUACGGUUGGGUUGUGGUAUUUGCAUCAUUCAUGUGUAACAUGAUAGUGGAUGGUAUUGCCUACACAUUUGGCGUUUUCCUGGGAGAAUUUGUUACGUAUUUUGGAGAAGGAAAAGGCAAGACUGCAUGGGUUGGCUCGUUGUUAUCUGGGAUGUACCUCAGUGCUGGACCUGUUGUCAGUGCUUUAACAAAUAAGUAUGGCUGCAGGGCAGUUUGUAUGGCUGGUAGUUUUUUAGGUGCAGCGGCAUUUGUACUUUCAACGUUUUCAACUAGUGUAAAUAUGCUAAUGAUGACUUAUGGCGUCAUGGGAGGAAUUGGAUUUGGUCUAAUAUAUUUACCAGCGGUAGUGUGCGUAGGUUAUUAUUUCGAAACCAAAAGAUCUCUAGCUACAGGCAUUGCUGUAUGCGGUUCAGGAUUUGGAACAUUUGCAUUUGCUCCUCUUGCCACAAUGUUACUAGAAUCGUAUAGUUGGAAGGGAGCAAACUUGAUUCUUGCUGGCCUUAUUUUAAAUUGCGCUGUGUUUGGUGCAUUGAUGAGGCCGUUAGAGUACCCGAAGGUAUCUUCUGUUAAACCACUGUUACAAAGAAUGGCAGAGGAGAAAAGAUUUCAAAUGGAGCGCGGGAGUAUCGGAGGUUCUUACUUCAUGGUACAACUGCCUGAUGGAUCCAUGGAGAAAAGAAUGAAGAUGCCUAUUAACAUUGAUCCUGGCGUACACUCCAGUUUCAAUUUAGACCAAUUAGUGCCUGGAACUCCUUUAACACCAGUUCCGACGGUGCCAACCCUUCCCACUAUAUCGGAAGUGAAAGUGCAAGAGCACUCAUCCAGUGGAGCAACCAGCAACAGUGGCAGCAUGGAUCUGAAGACUAUCUCCAGCAAGUCGAAGAGCAAAAGGAACAUAGACGAUACCAAAGAUGCAUCAGAAAAGUCUGAGAACGAAUUCAAGCCAGUUAUUCCUAGAAAUGCUUCGCAGCCUGCCUUCACGACUCACGUGCAAGGUUUACCCAAGAACGGGUCCGUACCUUUCUUCGAUAGAAUUCGCAAAACUAGCACUGGCGAAAGAUACAAGCCAAGUCUUAGCGCGAUUAAGAAUUCCAGAUCAACGUUGAAUUCUAAUGGCGAUAUUAGAAAAAGCUUGCAUUUAAGACUUUCCACGAGCAGCGUUAUGGGCUCUCGGAAUAAUAAUGCAGAAGUGGAUGACAGCGAGAGUAUUACUUUUACCACUAGCAAAUCUAGUAUCCCAAAGGAAAAGCCACAAAUUAUUCGGCCUUUGUCGAGAAAGGACAUUUUUUACAGCGGCAGUGUAGUUAAUUUGCCAGAAUACCAGAGUCAGAAAUCACUCGCGAAUUAUCGUCAGAGCGUUCUUUCAUUACCAAAAUCUGUUCGCGGAGAUAUUAAAGAUACCGACGUUGAGAAGGCGCGUGAACAACCUCUAUGUCCCUGUUUGGUGUUACCUGACUCGUUUAAAGAGGCUCUGGCAACAAUGAUGGACGUAUCUCUAUUGAAAAACCCGGUAUUUCUUUUAAUUGGUAUCAGUAAUGUCUUUGGAAUGGCUGGAUUGUACGUCCCCUUCGUGUACUUAGUAGACGCUGCAGUUCAAGAUAAAAUCGAAAGAAACUCUGCGUCUUAUCUAUUAUCUAUAAUCGGUAUCACAAAUACCGUGGGUCGCGUAGCCUGCGGUUACAUCGCAGACUUUCCUCAAGUGGACUCCUUGCUGUUGAACAAUAUCUGUUUAAUUAUAUCAACGGUUGCCGUAGCCGCGACUCCGUUUUGCCAUUCGUUCGUUGCUUACAUCAUCAUGAGUAUCUUCUUCGGCAUAGCUAUUUCUGGAUACAUCUCCUUGACAUCGAUUAUCCUGGUAGAUCUCUUAGGAUUGGACAAAUUGACAAACGCGUUUGGCCUUCUAAUUUUAUUCAGAGGAGCCGCCGCUAUCGUUGGCUCACCCUUGGCAGGCGCCGUUUACGACGCAACGAAAAGCUACAGCAUCCCAUUCUUCAUGGCAGGAUUCUUCUUCUUCAUGAGCACCGUUACCAGUUUCAUGGCUCCAGCGAUGAAACGGUGCACAACGCCACAGACACAGCCUGUGAUAUUAGAUACAUUGACUCCCAUCGAUGAAGAUAUCGAAGAAGAAAACGAGGACGACAUCCCCGAAAUCGUAGAAACCGCGCCAUCCCCGCAAGAACCACCCGAGAAAGAAAUUAAGCAAAUAGAGUCUGUUUUAUAAGUCUGGUCCGCUUAAGGAGAGAGAAAUCGCCUUCACCUCCGAGCCACACUGUGAUAGGGCUGUUGCUUUGAGAAGGUCUGAAAAGGUACUUCUUCGUUAUACAUUUUAACGGAUAAAGCACAAAUUAAUGAAUAAAAACCUGGUGGUAUUUUUAACGCACUUAGAACUUUUCCGAUAGUAUCUAAUUUUUUUUAUGAAACUAAUACACACACACACUCACACACACACAUACACACACAAUAUGCGAUGUAAAAAUGCCAUCAGGCGUGAAAUUUCAUUUGCCUAUGUCAAUAGUAGAUGAUAGAUAGAAGAAUUUAUUAACUUAAUCAGUAUAAAUUGAUCAGUAUACAAAACAAAAAUGUUGAAAAAGUGAAAAAAAUGCUUUUGCACUUGCAUAUCGAGUAAAGUUGAAAGAAUUAUUAAUCUUCAUCAUAGGUAUACAUGAUGAUAAAUAUUAUGAUUUAGAGUAAGGAUGGUCGAUCAUAACCUCGAUGACUGGCUCUCUUUAUUUUCUUCCCUUUGCCCAUUAGUACUAUUAAGAACCACUCAUUCGUUUCUAUUUUCGAGCUAAGAUUUACGCGUUGAGAACAACGAAAGACAUUCAGUGUUCUAUGUCGAGUUUCGCUAGUAAUUUUACGUUAGCAUAACGCGUUCGACACUGUAUAGAGUUUCUAAGCGUGGCCAAUGUCUUUCAACGAUCGAUCAUCCUUAAUCGAAAGAUUACCCCCACCCUAUAUACUUGUCACUUAAAUCUAUUUUUGGUCGCAAUCCAAAGAUACAAUUCCAAUUGAUUACAUUCAGAGAGAUAUUUUUCUUGCAUACACGAAACAAAUGUAUAUAUUAUAUAGGCGAGAAGAGAAUAAGAACGGUAUGUGGAUUAGAUUACGUAACACAUGAUAGAUUCGCUGUUGCGGAAAAGAAUUGUAAAUAAUAUAUAGACAAUUGUAAAAUAGUGUAUAACGAAUUUUGAAAUUAGGCACGUAGAGAACGAUUUAUGUUUCGAGUCCCCAUCACAAUGCGGGAAUCCUUGUAUUAAUGUAUCGAUUAAUGAACAAUUAACACGCUGCUAGGUAGAGACUAAUUAAUAUAUUAACGAUUUAGCUAGAACGUUUAUUUCACUGAAUGUAUACUAAAAAUAAAAAAGAAAAGAUUGUUACAUCCGACACAGCUAGUUUGUGUAAAUUAAUCCUUUAGUUAACAGAAUUGACUGUCGGGAUAAUACUAAACGAUUGAAUGCACAUUAAUUAACACAAACUAAUUCUCGACUAAUACACGCUAUUCAACACGAGGUUCAGCGUACGCAAAAGAGUUCGUGUCACUUGUAUCGUGUAGGUAACUAAUGAAUUACCGUUUAUCGCGAGUAGAAAGAGUUAUUCGAUUAUACAUGUAAUUUUUAUUUACGAAACGCAUACACGCCUAUGAUCCGUAUAAAUGUAUAAAUUUAUGUAUCUGUACACAGAUUUAUAUAUUUAUAUGCAAAUUUAUAUAUAAAUAAUAUAUAUACAGCAAGUCCUCGACUUGAGCAAUUAAUUCUGGAAUUUAAUAAAAUUUGAAAACAUUUAAUAUAAAAUCUUCGUUAGAAGUGUUAAUCAAAGUCGAAAAAAAAUAUAUUAUUUCACAUGUGUAUACAUAUACAAAUGUACACAAAAUGUAUACAAGAAUCCAACACGACUCGAGGACCCGCUGUAUAUGCUAUAUAACAAAAAAGGAAAAAGAGUUAACUGUAAAUCUUGUUAAACGGCAUACGAAAAAAAAAAAAGGAUAUGUUGUAUGUACAUUGUAUAUACGACGGUUACUGGUAACGGUUACUACGAUCAAUUUAUCGAUACGCAGUCUCGCAUCUCCGGGGAGAGAAAUAAUGGAAUAAAGAACCCGUUGCUGUCGAUACAAAUACCAACAGUGCUAUUAUCAUCGCUAUUACCGCUAUCACUAUUACCACUACUAUUAUUAUUACACUUCUAUUACCUAGUACAACUAUUACGACACUUAUUUUUAUUCUUAUGAUCGUUGUGCAGGAGACCGUGUUUCUUGUGGUUUGAAUCAAAUAUAAAAAUGUAUACAUGCUACUCAGUCGGAAGUGUGUACGUGUGCACGCGUGCCGCGAGUCCUGCAGUUACGCUAUAUAGAGUAUAUACAUAUAUAUAUAUAUGGAAUAUGGAAUAUAUAUAUAUGUAUAAAAUUUAUUCGACGCGCGUGUUCAUGUGGCAUUUCGCACGCGCAUGUUUUUUCAUAUGUAUGCAUGUGGAAUCAGGCAGGACUUUAGCAGGAGGGAUGGAUAUACAGGAGAGCGUGUGUUAUGUCACAUGUGUGCAUAAUAGAGGCAUGCAUGCGUAUAUGAGCGUGUUUUAACACACAUGCGCACGGACUCUUUAAAUCCUGUGCAUAUGUUAAAUGAAGCAUAAAAAAAAAACAAGUGAGGUAUAUAUAUGCUAUGGUACAAAGAAGGACAAAUGUAUUAGGUGACGUUUAUUGAAAUUGAAGAGGAAUUAUGAAUUUUUAUUACUGAAAC